AUGGAACACCAGUUAACAAUCCAAAAAGAAGCGGAACAAGCUUCAUUGCGGAAACUUCAAAACAAAGAAGAAUGGUAUCUAAGGAAGCUAAAAACAAAAGAAACAUUGCGUAAAUCUGUUGGAAACAAUAACAAAGCUGUUCAGCAAUCCGUCAAGCUUCAAAAGUAUACUAUUACAAAAUUUGAUGGCGAUUAUAAAGACUGGUUACGAUUUUGGAAUCAAUUCACUGUGGAAGUCGAUAACUCUAACAUAUCAAACAUUAGCAAAUUCAAUUACUUAAUGGAACUCGUCGAAGGAAAACCCAGAGAGGACAUACUUGGUUUACUACACUCGUUGGAAGGAUACGAAGAAGCCAAGCGUAUAUUACAAGACACUUAUGGAAAAGAUAUUUGGAUUCACAAAGCAUUGAUUAAAAAUCUUGAAGGAAUGAUGGCUAUACACAAUACGCACAAAAUUAAAGAAGUUCACGAUUUUAAUAAUAAACUUGCAAAAACAGUGCGAACAUUAAAAACGAUGCACAAACUACAAACUGCUCAAUCAUUUGUGUAUUCAUUAAUGGAUAAACUUGGACCGUUUCGUGAAAUUUUCACACAAAACGAUGAUGUAUGGGAAGAAUGGGGACUGGAGCAACUCGUCGAAAAGUUACAAAAAUACAUAGAAAGAAAUCCAUUGAACUCCGAUUUCAACACUGAACAAAUAAAAUACGAUAAAAAUAACCCAAACGUACAGUCAAGGUCUUAUGAAAACCGAAUCAGUGCAUUCAAGCAACAUAAUAGUGGUAAUUAUGAUAAAUCAAUGAUGACAAGUGUUGGUAAAAAUGAAUGUACCUACUGUGGGUUGCGAAAUCACAAAAGCGAAAGUUGUUUAAAAGUGUUAAACGUUGCUAGACGCAAGGAGGUUUUAAAAAACAAAAGAUUAUGUUACAACCGAAUUGGUUAUGGACAUUCCGCGGCAAAUUGUCAAUCAAGAGGAUGCAGAAAGUGUAACAAAAAACAUCACACGUCAAUUUGUCAAAAUGUAAAUGCAACAAUGGACGAUAAAAAAGAAACCAUGGGAACGGUGUUUAAUGCGAGUACUACUAUUCACCCGACAGUAAUGGCAAAGGUAAAUGAUGAAAAAGCAAGGAUUAUGUUGGAUACAGGUGCUGGAAGUUCUUAUAUAUGUACAAACUUGAUAACAAAACUGAAGUUGAAACCUACACGAAGGGAACAUAAAACCAUCGAACAAUUAUAUGGAACGGUAAACAAACGUGUGGAAAUAUAUAAUGUUACGCUAGAAUCAAUAAUAAUACCGGAAUUUUACAUCAAGAUUGAAUGCAUCAACGCAGAAAAGGAAAUACUGACCUUUUUACCCAAUCCGAUGAUUAAGGAGGUAAAAAAGCUAUUUGCUAGACUUAGGAGACUGAAAUUUAGUAAUGAUGGAGAAGACGAUGAAAUACAACCUGUUCACAUAAUACUUUGUGCUGCUGAUUAUCAACGAAUAAAAACUACCGAGCCGAUGGUUCUCGGAAAAAAUCCGGAUAAAGAUCCCGGAGCUAAAUUGACUAUAUUUGGAUGGACUCUCUCUGGGAAACAAAUGGAAUUAAGCUCUGGUAUUGAAAAGGGUUUUUUAUUAAACACUGGUCGUGAUGAGUUCGAGCAAAUGUGUAGUCUUGAAGUUCUUGGAUUGUCAGACACAAUCAAUGAAUCAAUGUUCCACCAAGACUUUAGCGAAAAGCUGCACCAAACAAACGAAGGUUAUUAUGAAACUAGAAUGCCUUGGAAAAAAGAGGUUGUUAAACUGCCGAACUACAGAGAUCUAACAAAUAAAAGAUUAAAAAGUGCAACAAAUCUAUUGGAAAAACUUAACAAACUAGAGCAGUAUAAUGAAAUAAUGAUGGAACAGAUCAGUGAGGGAAUACUGGAAAAAGUGCCAGAAAAACCUACGGGAGAAAUUGUUCAUUACAUUCCUCAUCAACAAAAACGCGAGUUGUUUAUGAUUGUUCAGCAAGAAAAGAUGCUUAAUCACCUUCAUUGA